CCCUAUUUCGUUUAAAUAGAGGUAUAUGAUAUAUUAGUAUAGAAAAGGUGGACACAGUAGCGAGAGCUUGUAUUUCCACUACAGUUGGAGCUUUGCUUCCCUUUUCCCUCCAUCGGUGGUUAUGGCAGUGGAGAAGGAAAAGCUUCAGGAAGAAUCCGUAAUCCGCCGCUUCUACAAGAUUAUUCUUAGUUGGAACUACGUUCCUCUCCUCAAGGAAUCUAAGGAGCAGAAGAAAGGGACUGCAAAGUCGACACUCGUGAAGGUGAAGAACCGGUAUACAGACGAUGAAGACUAUAUUGCAACCUACGAACCGCUCAUCUUUGAAGAAGCCAAAUCUCAGAUCAUUAAGGAGAAAGAGGAAGAAGAGGGUAUCUUUAAUUUCAACUAUUUUUUCGUUUUAGCCAGAGGACUGUUAAAGCUCUGUCUAAGUUGGGGUUUUCCCUUUCUCACUUCAAUUUAAAUAAUAAUUGGUUUGCUUUUCAUGUUUUAAAGUUAGAAGGUCCACCAAUGUAGUGAGGUAUGGUUGACAAAUAAAUUUGCUUCUUAAGCACAUAAUGAAAGGUCCGAUUCUGAGUCUG